AUGGCCUAUAAUGCUGUUCAGACCGACGAGGUCGCAUCUGACUCCGGAUCUGACCUCUCCAGUCCCUCACCUCCUGCCUUUCAACCGCUGGGGGAUGCCGACAACCUCGGAUCAUCUCAUCUAAAGUUGGCGAAAACCAGCGAUUCCCCCGGGACUCAGCUCGGUGCGAUUUACCGCUCCAUGACUUCCUCAAAGUACGAAGUGGUGGAGGCCGAUGAUUACCACGCCGAUCCUUCCGACGAUCCCCGCCGCAUGCCUCCGCUGAAUACUGCGGUCGCGCGACAUUCCUCCUCCGAGUCCCCCUUGCGAAGUGCAUGCAGCGAUGCCCCUAUUCCUCUCAGCCACCCAACGCCAGAUCUACAAUCGUUUCAAGGUGCUUACACAGGAAAUGUAGAGCGUCUGGAACAAAGUGCAGAGCGACUGAGCUCAAGUACACAAGAUAUUGGCAGUGAAAUCCGGAAAAUGGAUCAGCAACAAAAACGACAAUCUUGCAGCUCCGCGUCUAAUUCUAUCAUCAUGCGGAAUGGUGCAUUCUCUCCAGGUAACAGCCUGGCCAGAUCUCCCCAUGGAUCAACUAGAUCUACCCGUCAACGCUCCGUAUCCAGUGGAUCAUGUCUGGCUCAAGUUGCGGAGCCUGAACAUGACAACGACCAUUACCUAGACCGAGCCCCCGCUACACUCCCCAUCGCUCCAGCCCCACAACUCCCUAUCUUCACACCUAGCUCCGGUCGUUUCUACAUUUCUCACGAUGAUCACCCAAGUGCUUCUGCCACCGUCGGCCCUGGGGAGGACAUUGAGCGACCUGACACCGCUGCGUCGGGGGAUACUUUCCAACAAGCAAGGACGCUAUUCACUGAUUUCGAUGGCGUUCAUUUCGCGCCCUUGGAACGGGCAGAUUCCUCACGCAAACUAUCUCUAACUCAACCCCCCCUUGCAAGGAAUGCCGACGUCUACAAGACACCCCAGCCUACCGAACACAUGGUUUACUAUCCCGCCCCGGUUCCCCGCAUGCUUAACCUCCCUCCCAAACUGUCCCGCAGAGCACCAAUUGCGGAACGUGAAAAGCGUCGCACCCAGAUUUUGACUUCUAUCGAGGCCGAGAAUAGGAAGGCAGAAUUUGGAGAGCAGGAACCGGGUAGCAGUCGCAAAGAUAAACGUCAAUCUGCGCUACCGCCGCAGCUUCGUGCAAGCGUCUUCUUUGACCCACCAAGUACCACGCUCGAGCUCGAAGUAAAGCAAGAUUCCGCCGUUGCGACGCUCGAUAGUGUCCUCGAUGCCUCGGCGCAUGCGCCUGUCUCUGCCUUUACAGAUCAUCCCUACGCGGGGCACGUUGGAUCAUAUGUCUAUGGGAACAAACGCAAGAAUAUCCCGAGACAAAAGCCUGAACGGGACUCCCACUCUCAGAUGGACCAGUACAAAAGCACCCAUAGCGAUAGAGAGAGUGCGUCGGGGGACUCAGAAUAUUCUGGUCAUGGUGCUCAUGAAGAGGAAUCCGAAAGAUUUUAUCGUAAUCAACAUGGACAUGGAGACUCUGAAGGAUCUGAAACUGAAAGUGAAGGCCAAUCUUCAGAGGAAGAGGAAGAGGAUGAAGCAGCCAACUAUGUAGGCCCGCCCAAUACUCUACUCGCCGAACUGGAGCUGCGAAAGCAAGAGCUUCAGCAGCGUCGACGUACUGCACUUCCAAAGGCUACUGAAGGCAUGCAGGCCACACUCUUAGAGCUCGAUGCAAUGGCCCAGGAACAAAGUGAUAAGAGACGACGCAGGCCAGUGACUUUGGCCUGGGAUAAUCGACAUGCUGCUGACGACGACGAUGUUCCUCUCGCAAUGCUAUAUCCUGACCAGAAUAAGGGCGAGGACGGUCGCCCACAAGGUUUAAUGGAGAGGCACCAAACAGAGGAGAAUGAACCUUUGAGUAGCCGUCGCGCUCGGCUCCGCGGUGAACCAAUACCGGAAAAGCGGCCCGUGACUGUAUAUGUCACCGAACCACCAGCACCUAAAGAACAGCCGUCGGCCGAAGAAGACACUGUAGAGGAGAUUGAGACCUUGGCCGAGCGUUCGAGACGACUUAAGGGCCAAAACCCAUCAGAUACUGCCUUCUCUCACGAUCUUAUGGCCGAAUUCGAUAACCGCCUUGGGAUUACCCCUAAAGAGAACAACCCGGCUCCCCAGCCUUCUCAAUCUUCUCGGCCCCCCGCUCAAGAGGAGACACUCGCACAACGGAGAGCUCGUCUACAGAAGGAGAAGGGCAUUCCGAAUGGUGUCCCAAAACUACCACGGACACGCCAAAGCAUGGCCGCCCUCCCACAGGUUCGACCCAAUCUUGCAUCUCGUAGCAAGUCAUCCUACGGUCUCCCUCAAAACCAACACCCCGGCAUGCAGAUGCAGCAUCAUGGAAACCGCAUGUCUAUGCAACAAUUCCCAGCACCCAUGAAAUAUCCAACACACAUGGGAUACCCAGCAAAUCUAUCCCAGCCACCACCUCCCUACACCUAUGGUCAGAACCAACCACCUCCCUAUGCAUAUAAUAAUACAAUGAUGACAAUGCAUAAUAUGGGGUAUCCCAUGCCUAAUGCAUGUGGCCCAACCAUGACUCGACAACCCGUUGAACCCGGUCAACGGGAUGUGAUUGACCGGUGGAGAGAGAGCAUUCGCUAG